AUGGAUGGAGCAGCAAUUUUCAGUAAUUUAGGACUCGAUCCAUUAGCACCUGUUGCUUUAUUUGCUGGCAUAGAAUUUAGCAUUUGAAGCACCUUUUCUGGAGAAAUAUGUGGAAUUAAUUAACUCGCAACUGUAUUUCCCAUAACUGUAUUUACAUAAUGGGAAUCUUCCAGUUGACCGCCUAUCAGAGAAAUUCUGGGGCCCCGGGCAAAAUUUUUUUUUGGGGGGGGGGCUAUUUUUUCCGGGGGGGGAUUUUUUCCCGGACAUUUAAAAAAGUGUCAAAAAAAUUUUUCCCGACUAACAUCAGUUAAGUUAAGGUUCAAAAAAAUUUUUCCGGAUAAAUCCUUGUUAAAUUACAUUGGUAAAACCUUUUUUGGACCAAUUCUGCAAAAUUUAGGUUUAGAAAAUUUUUUCUCACCAUUACUUAUAUCAAAAAACGUUCCAAAUUAUUUUUUAUUUUCCAAAUUUGGGGGACCCCCUUUACACUGCGGGCCCGGGGCAAAUUGCCCCCUCUGCCCCCCCCCCCUCUGAUAGGCCCUGUAAUGACCGCACAGUCCUUGAUUUUGACAAAAAAAACAGUCCAUUAGCAAAUUUGCCCCCUCCCUUCACAAAUAUAGUAGUUGUGAGCCAAAUGUUACAUGUGCAGCAGUGUUGAAAAGUUUACUUUGUGGUUGUGCUGCGAACACACGACCACCAUUACGGUCUGGUUCAAGUUUUCUUUUGUGAAGUUGGCACAGUAGCGGUUGUGUAAUUCCCCAAAUUUCUGGGGGGUUUUAAAAUUUAAUAUUUUGUUUUUUAUGAAUAGGGAAAUGGAGAUGGCGACUUUCACAGAGAAGCAGAGGUUAACCAAAAACAAGAAAACAGGUAUACAUAUAACAUUAGUAUAGUGUAUUCUACUUUUAUACACUUAAUGUCUGCUCCCGAAGGAAAUAUAGUCUAAACAAGUUAAAAAAGAAUCUACUGAAAUGGUUUCAACAGCAUAUCCUGUUACCUGUUGUUUAUUCCCCCCCCCCUUCUACAUUCUUUAUUUUACAACAUUGGAAAAUCGUAGUUCAUAAAUUUGCGAGUUUGUUUGUUAUGUACGUAGCCGGUCGGGGGUGGGCAACAAUUUUGCACUCGUUGUCGGGCUGUAUACAUUACAUUUAUCUAUAGCCUCGUGACUACAAGUUAGCCAAUCACGUUUUGGUGUUCACCCUAGCUAUAUAACAACACUUGUUUAGUUGUUAUUUUAGGAAAAGUCAUUAUACUCCUUUGCGUUUUUAUGAAACAUUCUGAUUUCCAAGAUAGUUUAUUACUAGAAACUGUUGCUUUUCCUACAAACCGAUUGGUCGAAAUUGUGCGACUAAAAAUCCUAUUGUCCCCACCUGCAGGCAGCUAUCACUUUUUUCGAAAUGGCUUCUUUGGAGCUGCUAAAUUUAAAAGAGAAUCGGUUUUAAAGCACGUUUUGAAGUAAUUGAAAUAAAAAAGACAGCUAUCUUCAAGAAGAAUUAUUAUUAUUAAUAUUUUUGAAAGUGAGCGAUAAGCAAAUACACUAUUUUUGGAUUUUGCUCGAAAUUCGUGUAAACAUUUUAAUACAACCCAGCCACUUUUGUUUUUGUUUGUUAAAUUUGUCUUCCUUUUAUCUUCAUUUGUAUUGUCAUGUUCGGCGAAAACUUUGGUAUGUAAAACCAUGUUUUAUUUUGUAUUUGAGCUCUUCCAAAACAUUUUUCUCACAAAAUUUUUCGUUUUUGUUUUACUUCAAUAUGUUUUUGAACUCGUUGUGUUUCUCUAAGCAAACCAUAAACUGAAACUUAAUGAGUUUCGUUGACAUUUACAGUGCAUCUCUAUGUUUUUAUCUUCUAUAAAUCUAUGUUCCUCUGAUAAAUUAUUUAAUUUUGUAUUUCCGACUGGUUAAAUAGGCAGUGUCAUGGGAGUGUCACCGAAUUUGACCAUCGCAAAUCUUUAGGCACAAAACCUAAAAAGAAUGGUUCACAACAUAAAACAAUAACAAAUACAAAAAGCAUGUACAGAAGUCUCGAUGGUUGAGAUUAGGCGAGAACUGAGCUGGAUUGUAAAUGACAUCUUGAUCAAUUGUUGGCAGACACGUACUUUUCAAGUUUAGGUCAAUUUCUAUGAAAGUUCAAAGUUGUUUAAUAUGACUCGUGUACAGGGCGCGGGGAAAUCUUCUCUGGGGGCCCCAUGACAUCAUUAUUUUUAAGUCAGAUCUAAGUCAGUCGUCCAACUAGACCUUAGCUAUAUAUAUAGACUGCAUGUGGAGCAACUGUAAGGGGCCCUCGAUUUCAAAACGUCUCUGACCAAGAAGAACCUACUCAAUUCUGGGCUCUAUCUCUCAAGUUGGGGACCUAUUAAGGUGGUGGCCCUGGACAAUUUGCCUCCCCCCUCUCGGCGGCCCUGCUCGUAUAUCUUAACUGAUUUGUAAUGUUUAUUUUCAAAUUCGCAUACCCCUUUAAUUUGAGUAUGAUUGUUUUGUUUUGAAUAUGUAUAUUGUUUUUAUCGCAAAGCCGUUGGCGAAAAACUUAACCGGGGGCUGAGAAAAAUGCUGAAUUUUGAACUGUAGCCUUUUAAGUUGAUUCUAUUAUUUGUGUCUUGGUCACAUGCAGUUUGUAUAGGUGACGUGAUGGUUUUGAGUGCAAUUUGGAUAAAAAAUGCACGAGUGAGUUUUUAAAGAGCAUCUUUGGCGAAACAUGGAACGAUAACCAAAAGGUCUUUGAAAAAUUGAGGUCUUUGAAAAAAUCACUUUGAAGAAAUGAUCUUAUUACCAAUUAAUAAUAUACAUAAAAAUUGUAGUUCUAACUCACGUUUAUAGCGAACCAUGCAUCCAUUGUCAAAGAUUUCCUGCUUCGUUAUAUCUCAUUACAUGCACAACGCUAACGGCUUGAAAAUUUCUCUCAAUUAUGUAAAUUUUGUUAAUUUUGUUUAAAGGUAAAGUCUUUUCCAUUUAGAAAAAAUAAAUACCAUAUUAUUUUCCACACGAACUUUUUACUUAUGUAGCGCGGUCGCCAUGUUUGUUUUGUUUUGAAGCAAUGUGUGACCAUUACUUGACGACCCUGCUUUAAGCUCAUUGGUUGAUUUUAGAUCCCAUUGUUUUUUCCGCCAAUGAGAUAAGUUUGUUACAGAUUUUUGCACUGUUACGGAUUUUUACACUGUUGAUACAGAAUGCGGCACUGCUGUUUGAGAUUAACUGCACUGAAAUCAACCAAUCACAGUCGAGUAAUAUUUUUACGUAUAUUAUUACUACUGAUACAAUUAGUCGCAUCAGGGCUCAUAAUCGCCUCGCUUUCAGCGACCAUAUGUUCAUUGUCCUGACAGCGUUCCUGUUUGAUUGGUUUUGAGCAUUUGAAAUCUACUUGGACCAACAACUACGUCAAUAUACAGAAUUGAGAACGAACUUUUAGCAGAAUUAAUGUUUGGCAAAAAUAGUAAAACACCCAGGAAAACUGGAAAAUCUUCCUUUAGUCAUCACAAGCCCACAAAUAUUUUCAAUUUCUUAUUUGGCUUAUGCAUUAUUUUUCUCUUUAUAUUUAGAAGUUCAAUAAACAAUGCUGAUGGGAAAACUCUAACUGUAGUUUUCCAUGCAAUAUUAUCUAAAAAAUUUGAAUUGGGUGAUAGGAUUAUUGUAAUUCGUGGAGAUGAGCCUGUUUUUGCAGGUGGUUGGGAUGGACGUGGUGUUCCUGUCAUUCAGGAAGGGUUAGUAAAUCAUAUACAGAAUGACUUGAAUAACUGAAUGAACGAACUUUAGGCGCCCUGGUGGGAAUUGAACCUGCACUCCUGCAACCCUGUAAUUCUGUUCCAGCACUUUAACCAACACUGUAGCUCAGUUAGUUAGACAGCUGUGGCGAAAUUGCAGGGCCGCAGGUUUCGAUUCCUGCCAGAAGACAUGUACAUGGCGUAUAAAAAAGGUAGUCAAUUGUAAAAUGGUCAUGAAACUGGAAACUCCACAAAGUGUCUUUAGAAUUUACUAUGUGAAUACAGGAUCUUCUGAUUUUUCUAACAUUUAAAUCUUCUAAAACUUAAAAACCCACAUUGAAAGUGGUUUGCGCACAAAAGUGGACACAGGUGUAAAGCACAUUAAUCAGUUUUCGCCAAAAUGUUAAGAUUCUUUUUAAGGUUGUAUACGACGUCACUUCCUAAUCAUGCAUUUAUACCAAAUUGUAUGUAGAAUAAAUGUGGAAAACAUCUCUUUUUGAGGCCAAGAAACUCCCAUUGUUGAAAGAGUUAUAUUUGCCGAAAGUAUAUAAGUUUAUGAUUAGUUUCAACACAAAGUGUCCGUGCAUGCGAAAGUUCCAAAGAUGCAACAUUCUUACGUUUUAUUAAACGAAAUAUAUCAACGAAUUCAGACCCUGCUUUUUUGUUUUUCUAACUAGAGUAAAGCUACACUCGUGUUUUUUAGUAACAUGGUCCAUGCCAACAAUGAAUGGUCAAAUAAGCUCAUCCUUAAUUGUUGGUUGUUUAAUUACUUAGAGCAAAAUUUAAAAUGCCUGCAUCUUACUUUAGAUUUUUGCAAAAUUGAAAAGGUGCCUGGUGCUAUUAACAUACAUGCUACUAUAUGACAAUAAUUCCAGCCUGAGCUUAGUUUUAUCAUGUUAACGUUUCAAAUUCUCCUGGCUAAAAUUUCUUUCUUGGCUAAACCAAGGCCGGGUUGCCUUUCGUCGCCAACCCCCCGUGACAUUUUACCUGCAGUCAUGGCUUUUGUUUGUCUGAAUCUCAAGUGAGCCUUGUAUAUAUCAAUUAUGAUAUGCAUUUUAAUUUGUGAAGUGUUGACGGAAUCAGAUCUGUUGUAUGGUGAACACUUGUUAGUUUGUCCCCCCAGAAACUUUCCUUGUAAUAGACCUUAUGCAUAAUGACGUCACAAGGCUUGAUGCCCGCGAGGAAUGCUGGUCUUAGUAGUCAUCGGCCGGGAAAAUUAAACAAUUCGAAAUUUUCCCGGUCGAUGACUACUAAGACCAGCAUUCCUCGCGGGCAUAAGGUCUAUUGUAACACAAUUUCCGCCCAAGCUAAUUGUGUUUUUAACACGCAAUUCUACACAAAUUGUGUAGUUCUAAAUAAAUUUGUGCAUGCAAUUCUAAAAAUACAAAUGUGCAUGCAGUCACAAAGUUCUCUUAAAAAUAUUCUUGUGGUUUAUCUUGCGGACGUUCCAGAAAAUGCCCAAAAGCAAUUAUUGAGCAUCAAAAAUAUAAACAUUUUCUUUGGGGCCAUCGAUUUCAACUGAUUUUUUCGUUUUGCGAAAAAAGUUUACGACAUGAAUAAUCUUGUUUUCACUAUAUCGUGUAUAAGGUGGGAAGGUAGAGAAAUGUAUGUUUAGUAUUUUUUUUAGCAAAAUUUACUGUGCUUGUUUAGACAUUUCGACAAACAAUUGCUGUUACGCGGGGAGAUUAAGAUUCCAUUACGGCUUGCCUCGAGGAGAUGUGGAUACAAAUAUGUAUUAUUGGAUAAGAGGAAUGAAGCUACCCAUGAAGAGCUAGUUGAAUUCAAGUCUCGUGGAGGCAUUUUAGACCGAUGCCUUGUCAUUGGAGAAGAAUAUGUUGCAGAAAAAAGUAAGUUAACUGAAUAAUUUCAUGCAUAAUUUUGUGAUACCAAAGAUACCUCACCCCAACUACAAAAAGGUAUCAUGCGUAAAAAGAUUGAUUUUGAGGCAAUUUAAAGUUACCAUGUGUUUUUAGUGCAAAGUUGCUUUGCACUAUUGUUGGACAAAAAUUCAAUCGAGUGACCGAUCAAUCGAUAGAGUAAACAGUCCGGAAU